UUCAAGAGAGGCGUGUCUAUUCAUCUUCCUUUUGCAUUUCAUUGCUGAUCUUACUUCUGGCAUCUUGUCCUGCAAGACUUCACAAUGGGAAACAAGGUUUCCGCGGUGAACGGUGUUCGAUCACCAAACUUCUUCCAACCAGGAAACGCAGUGAACGAAAUUUGGCUUGGCAAGCUUGAAAUCAUUUCGCGUCUCCCCUUUGGGGAUUCAGACAUGGCACAGGCAGGCUGGCCCAGAGGAGACUUUCCAAAGAUCCCUUGGCGGCCAUUCAUCAUCCCUCUACGAGCAGCGGCUGAUAAGACAGCACGAUCUAUAACUAUCCCGGCUUCUGAGACUUCACGCAAGUGCCUGUGGCCAGCCUUUGUGGAGAUAAUGUCAAAAGUGAACUGGGAGCGUAUCUUUUGGAUCGUGGAGCGGGCCAUUGCAAUCCCGGCUGUACUUUUUGUGAUCUUCCUCCAUUUUGGGCCAAGCAAGUACACUCAGUUUGCGGUAAUCCGGCCAUGCCUCGAGGACGACGAAGAUGAGAAGAUUGCCUUCCAGUCACGAUUUAAGCGCCAAGCAGUCUGUCUUCGCGCAUGGGUUGCAAGCUCCGUUAUGGCUCAGGUCCAUCUACUACUGCUCGUUGAGCCGAUUGUCAAAAUUUCUGAACGCACAAACUCUGCUAGUACUCUUCGGUUUUUUCCCAUUGGAUUUGAAGGAUGGUUUUAUUUUAUUUUAACUCUGCUGGGCAGCUACAGUCAUCUUCGACUUCUGUGGGCUUAUGUCCGACUGUAACGCCUCGUCGUCAAACAGAUGUCAAUAACCUGUGUCAGUGGCGACGGCUCAGUGUAACACACAAAU